UAUGCGGUAGUAGGAAGUGGUGAAUGAGGAGAGAUCCCGUCUAUGGAGAGAACAGGGUAGUGUUUGGGCGGUUAAAGGGGACUUUGGGAAAUACAAUAUCAGAAUAACUAGUAUUUGAUAGCACACCUUCAUACCUCACUGCUAAAGAUGUCACCAGAUGAAUUAGUCUAUCUAGGAAUCCUUGGUGCAUCAAUACCUGUUGGAUUCCUCUUCCGCUAUCUAAGCCCUCCAGUCAAGCAGGGGGCGGCAUUGCUCUUGGGUUUGAUCAUCUCCAUUGCUACCUGUGGGAUCCACACUCUACACUCUUUCUUUACAGUUUUAGGAACAUGGCUGAUUAUAAAGAUCAGUUGGAGAAGUGCCCCUGCUCUGUCUUUGGGUUGGACGUUUCUGUACCUUCUCUUUUUCCGUCUGGUCACCUGGUUUGGCCUCCCUCAGCCAACACCUUUUGCCAAUGCCAUUCAGCUUCUUUUAACAUUGAAGAUGGUCAGUUUAGCUAAUGAGGUUCAAAUGUAUUACUUGGAGAAGAAAAAGGAAAAGAGCACCUUCACCAAGUCCCAGGUUGUUGGAGGACUUUCCCAUGAGCCUUCCCUCUAUGAAAUUAUAUCAUAUAGCUACUGCUAUGUGGGCAUAAUGACAGGUCCCUUCUUCCGCUAUCAGACGUAUGCAGACUGGUUGCAGCAGUCCAGUCCCCUGUCGCUGCCGGGUAAAGAGCCCUGCCUGCAGAGGCUGAAGAUGGUGCCCGUUUACGGAGUUCUCUUUAUGGUUGUCAACUCUGUCUUUCCUUUGUCCUAUGUCCGUACUGAAGAAUUCCUGGAGCACAACUAUUUUUACAGAUUUUUCUACAUGGUGGCAAUAUUCUUUGUAUUCCGGAUGCGUUUCUACUCCGCAUGGUGUGGGGCAGAGGCAGGUUGCAUCAGCGCAGGUCUUGGCUGUUAUCCCCUGGGGGCACUGUCCAAACCUGGGGGAGGACCAACGGUGAAAUAUAGUCCUGAUCCAGAGACAGCUGUGGAGUAUGACUUCAAAACUAUCCAGAACAUUGACUGUUAUAAUACAGAUUUCUGCGUCAAGGUUCGGCAUGGCAUGCGCUACUGGAACAUGACGGUGCAGUGGUGGCUUCACCACUAUAUCUACCCCAAUGCCCCUUUCAGAGCGUACGCUCUCAGGGCUGGAUGGACAAUGUUAAUCAGUGCUUACUGGCAUGGCCUCCAUGCUGGUUACUACCUCUCUUUUCUCACCAUCCCACUGUGUAUCGCGGCAGAAUCGGCCAUGGAGGCUUCUGUCAGAGCCCGUCUGGGGCCGAAGGGCCAGUACAUCUUUGACUGGAUCCACUGGUUCCUCAAGAUGAGGGCUUAUGACUACAUGUGCAUGGGAUUUGUGCUCCUGAAGGCCAGCGACACAGUCAACUACUGGAGCUCCAUAUACUUCAUAAUUCAUAUCAUCGCCAUUGUUUGCAUAGGAGUAGGACAAAUGAUGAAAGGGGGGAAAAAGAGAGAUAGGAGGGAAGGAGCUGAAGGAGAGAAACAGGAUGUGGUAAGGGAGAAGACUGAGUGAAACAAAUGUGAUGAUUGUGAUGAUAACUGGAGAAGUGUGUUUACUCACACACAAAAAAAACAUUUCCCAACAUGCACUGUAAUAGCCAUCAACUGGCAUUUAACGGAUUUUGUUUUUAAAAAGCAACACGGGCAGAAGCGUAAUUUGUGCCCAUAACCCAUAAUUCAUCCUAACCAGGUCAGUAUUGUAUUUAUAUUAAUAGUUUAUAUAAAGAGUUUUUCUGUUAAUCAGUGGCCAUGGGACCUGAAUUCAGCUACCACACAGAGGACUUAUAACUGAAUCCAUCCAUCCAUAAACACACACACACACCAACGCCGAUGAAUGUUAGACCCCAGCCCAAUCACUACAUUGAGUGCAAAUUUGUGGAGAUUUACACUCUGUAAUAGUGUCAGUAAGGUCACACAACCUUUGCUUUGUGAUAACAAAGUUGUAUAUAUGGGAUAUUAAAAGUUGGUCUGUCUUGUUUUUCAUCCAUUCUGAGUAUGUAUCACUAUUAUUUUUAUUAUUCUACAAAGAAUGUGAAAGUAUUUGGAAACUUUCUUUUUCUCACAUUUUCAGAAAGUAGGAGUGAAUGUUUUUGUUAUUUUGUUCAUUUGCUCUUUAGUUUGAUGCCAUAUGAUCCCUAAUGUUAAGUGUUGCUAAACAUGUAUCAACAAAGUAAAAUGUUAAUACUUAGAGCAAUUAAAGUCUUGGUUGAGUGUAAGUAUGAAAGAUAUUUUCAAAAGAUCAGAUGUAAAUUCUUUCCUACAAAAUGUAAUUAUUAUAUAAAACAAUAAUAUUCCAAAAUAUUCUGAUUUUUGUUUUGUUCUCGUACACUGUAGGAUAGUGCUGGUGUUUAGUGUAUCCAUCAUUUCCAAUUGUAUGCUGGUUCCUGUAAUAUCUACCUGCUAUAUUUUACUUCUAAUGUUUACCUUUUAAGCAAUAUUUAACACUGGAUGUACCACUCAUAUCCUUUCAGGUUUUGUUUGAAAAAUCAGUGUUUUCAAUAAAAUAAGUGAUUUUUAUCCCUGCCAAA